AUGGACAACGACACCGCGGCCUCCAGCCAGGACGGCGAUGCGCCGCGCCGAUCUGGACGCGUCGUUAAAGUUCCCGAGAAGUGGGAGCCGGAGCCGUCUGCGCACGCCUCCACGAAGCGCAAGCGCGGCGGCGAGGGCGACGACGCCGACGACGGGCUCGAGUCUGACGACGACGAGAGCGCCGAGGAUGACGACGACGCUGGCGACGGGGACCAUCCCGCCCCGCGCGCCCGACGAGCUGGCGGCGCCAGUCGCCAGAAGAAACCCUCUCUGAAGAAGCCCAAAACCAACGGCGCCGGCGGCCACACAGCACGCAUCCCUAGUAGGCCCAAGAAGACUGUCCGUAUUGAAGCCGGAUCCAAGGGCACGGGACUUUUCGUGGACAUUUUUGGUUCCGGAGAGCCUUCGCAGACGGUCGCCCACCAAUGGCUCGAAAGGUACAAGGUGGACAACGCUGCUGCCCUAAGUGACCUUGUCAACUGCAUCCUGCAAUGCGCCGGCUGCGACCUGGAAGUCACGCCCGACGAUAUUCGCGACCCCGAAAACAUCCCCAACAGACUUGUCGACCUCCAAGGUGUCUAUCAAGAGCAAAACAUCAUUGAAUACCCUCUCAUCUCUCGAGCUAAAGGUACUCGAUCAUUCCGCGACCUUCUCGUCACCUUCUUCCAUGCCCUUGUCGCCCUGCUUCACGACACGGACAUCAUGUACCAGGAUACCGAAUUGAUGGAGAACCUCCAUGCUUGGCUGGCCAGCAUGUCUUCCUCCUCGCUACGACCUUUCCGCCACACCGCCACGACCAUUGCGUUGGCAGCCCAGACCGGGCUCGUCGACGUGGCCGGUACGCUCGACCGGCGCAUCGCCAACAUCGAGCAGCAGCUUCAAGCCGCUAAGCGCGGUAAGAAUAAAUCCAAGACCUUGGAGGUGCAGCGCAACCUGGAGGAAGCAAACAAUCACCGAAGCCUUUGUAGCGAGGCCAUCCAGUCGUAUUUCGAUACAGUCUUUGUUCAUCGCUACCGCGACGUCGACCCCAAGAUCCGUACCGAAUGCGUCGAGGCCCUUGGUUCUUGGAUCUGGGACCUGCCCACCGUCUUCAUGGAGCCUGGCUACCUGCGCUACUUGGGCUGGAUGCUCUCAGACGUCAACGCGCCCACGCGACUCGAAGUUCUGCGUCAGCUCGGCAAGGUUUUCAAGCGCAGCGCCCAGCAGCUGAUCCACUUCAUCGAUCGAUUUCGCCCACGACUUAUCGAAAUCGCCACACUCGACUCCGAAAUCUCCGUCCGGGUCACUGCCAUCUCUGUUAUUGACACACUACGCGCCGCCGCGCUCCUCGAACCCAGUGAAAUCGACGCCAUCGGCAGACUCGUCUUCGACAAUGAAAUCAGAAUACGCAAGGCUGUCGUAAAUUUCUUUGGUGCAUGCAUCGAGGAUGUAAAGGAGGGCAAGGUGGAAGAGCUCGGCGGCCAAGAGGCCCUUGAUGAGGUGGACGGAGGCGACGAGGAUGAUUUCGAAUCGCCUCGCAAAGAGUGGCUGGAUAUCAAGUGCCUUGCCGAAACCCUAGCUAUCUACAACGCUCAAGUGGAUGAGGCACAACAGAACAACGCCUUCAUUGGCACUGAGGUUUCCUUGGAUCUUCUAGAGUCUGUUGCCCCCGAGACGAGGAUAACACUCGCUGCCCAGGCCCUAUAUGACAAGAUCCCCGAAAUCAAGUCAUGGGAAAUCCUGGCUGGCUAUCUUCUCUUUGAUCAUUCAACAAGCACAAAGUCCCGCAGCAAAGCCAAGGGCAAGAGUGCCUCUCCAGAGGCUGCUUUCAAGAAGGCCAUUGCGCCGCUGAGGGAAGAAGAAUCCAUCCUUCUUGAAGUCCUCAGCUCGGGCAUCAAAUCGUCCCUCACACACCCACACUCUGGAAGUGAUGGCGACCGCAGCCGGCGCAGAGGAAACCUUGCGGCAGCUGAUGCACUGGACGACAUUGCAAUGGAACUCGCCAGCAUCAUACCGAAACUUCUCAACAAGUUCGGCGCUGAGCCCGAGACGGCUGCCAUCGUCUUGCGCUUGGAGCACAAUCUCGACCUCGACGUCUUCCAGCAGCUUCGCCAAGAGUCUGGCAAAUAUGAACGGCUGCUGGACGAAGUUAGCACACAAUUCAUCCGACACGACGAUAAGAGAGUCUUGUCGGAAGCUGCUGCUGCGCUCCUCCAUGCCCGUCAAUAUGACGAGCUCGAAGAACUCACCGACAGUAAGCUAUCUUUGCUAUGGGACAAUGUUAUCGAUGCCCUGCGCAAUGUUAGUGGGACGUGCGAGCUCUCCGUUCGCGGAAAUCUGGCAUCAGGGCCGCUUCACCAACUAUCAACACUGUUAAUGAAGAUCAGCAAGCUGGCUAGUAUUGCCGAUUGCGUUGAUAUUCUGGAAGCUGAGCCUAGGUCUCAGAAUGCAGAAUCGUCAGCAAUCCAAAUUCUCAUCAACGUGGUCCAUCGCGGCAAGUAUGAGCCACAAGAAGAUGAGAUUGAUGAUCUUGAGGACGAGGUUGUCACACUAGCAAUCAAGGCUUGUCAGUUCUACUUCAUGUGGAAGAUCCGCGCGCUGUCAAAACGACUGGCGACUGGCACCAGUGUUCCCGACUCUGAGCUUGACCGUCUGUCUAUCCUCCGCCAAUCCUACCGCCGUCACAUCAUCGAGACGUUCUCCUCCCGCGCCGCCAUUGACCAGCUACGUCUGUUCUCUACGGGCAGCCUCUGCGACCUACACUUGUCCUUCGCGACACUACGACCGAGGAUCACCGCUCUGCGGAACUCGGCCGACCGGGCCGACGCAGACAAGUACAAAACCCUCAUCCAGGAAAUCGAGCCCGGUUUGAUACCGGAAAUGACGUCCAUUUUUGACGGGGCAGAGAAGCAGUUUGCGAAGAGGUCCAAAAAGGAAAAGGGCCUCAACGAGCCUGCCGAGGACGAGGAUCCCAUGUCUGACGAAGAGGAGGAUGACGCCGACGACGAGGAAGAUGCCGAGCUCACCCCCGAGCAACGCUAUGCCAACGAGCUGCGCGCGGAGAAGUCGCUGUGCGAGCUGACAGCCAAGUACGUGCUCGCCAUCAGCGGCCGCCUGAUCGACGACCGCGGCGGGCUCGUGGACAAGCUGCGCCGCCGCAUCCUCCGCAACCAGACCAAGCUCGGCCACAACUUCAAGGAGGUCGUCGCGUUCCUGGACGAGGAGAAGAUGGCCCGCGCGGCCAGGAAGGCCGCGCCCAAGCACGCCGCCGCCGCUGCCAAGCCCGUCGAGACGCCGACGACGGCCCAGGACCUGGAUGACAUGUUUGAGGCCGAGCCCGAGCCGGAGGAAGGGUCAAGAGAGGACCUGCGCCGCAAGGGCCUGCUCGGGGACGACCCACUUGACGAUGAUGACGACGACGAGAACCAAGGCCAGGAGAAUAGUCGAUUCGACGACGAUGUUCUGGGAGACUAG